AUGGCGUGGAGCCCUGCUAAGUUCAUCGCCUUGUCGCUGGCACUAAUGUCCCUCGCUCUCGUCUCUGUGGCGUUGAGAUUUUGGGCGCAUACGAAAUCGGGAAACCGGGUCGGAGCCGAUGAUGCGCUUAUAAUUCCCGCUUUGAUCUGCAUUGUAGGAAUGGCGGUGACUGAGGUUAUCGGUUUGUGUGCAUACUAUCAGACGUCUGCCGUAACUGAAAAGCCUGUAGGUACAGAGUUUGGGGAGAUGGCGCAGCAUCAAACCAACAUAAUAGGGCCUGAUGGUCCAGUAUACACCAAGCAACUAGAGGCAAACUAUACCUUGCAACUCCUUGCCUUAGUUUCUCUGGGCUUCAGCAAGACGUCCGUCCUGUGCUUCUACCGUCGAGUCUUUUACGUGUAUCUGCGCUUCUUAUUCGUUAACAACAUCCUCAUCGUCGUCAUUGUGGCCUGGGCGGUGUCGUUGUUCUUUGUGAUUCUUCUCCAGUGCCGAGACCCCAGAACGCUCUGGACAACUUUCGAAUACGCUCGGGUCGAAUGUGUCGAGCCGCUGCCCUUUUACUACGCUGUUUCGAUCAGCGGGUUUAUCACAGAUAUCGCUAUCUUGGUCUCACCAAUCCCAGUCAUCUAUCAACUCCAGAUGCAUUGGAAGACCCGCACCGCGGCAGCAUGUAUCCUCUUACUUGGUGCAGUGGUAUGCGGUGCCGGAAUCGCACGUUUCGUCACCUUCAUCGAGGUUGGCCGAAACGUCAUGUACAACUUUGAUGAUAUAACUUACUUUACAACUCCGGUCUUUGCAUGGAGCAUGAUCGAAAGCUCGUUAGCGGUAGUGGGCGCCAAUCUUCCCCUUCUCCGACCAUUGCUACGUCGGAUUGAGCACACCUGCUCUAGAGUUGGUUCAUCCCUUCCCUCGCUCCGGUCCAAAUGUCCUGCAAGUAGCACUGCGACAGACAGUUCCGAUGUAGAGUCGGAGGUGAAGAUUGAAGAGGCCAAAGUGGGUGAUGAGAUUUCCAUCCGAAGUUAUGCUAGCUUCGAGUUACCUCCUCGUCGAGAGGGCGCUUUACGUCCAGAGGAUCUUCUACAGAUCCCACCUCAGGCUUCGAUCAUGAAACAAAUCGCUAGUCCGGCCACUUUAUACUCUUCGUGGACUUCUGAUGAAUGGGAGAAUAUUUAG